UUGAUUCCAGUUCUGUUCUUUCCGUCACUAAGAUACGACACGAAGCUUUCAUAUCGCUACGGACCUUUCUGCGGAUACCUGCGUUUUCUUACUGGCCGUUUGUUUGUUUGAGAAACACUAUGAUAAAAGCAAAAAAAAUGUUUGGUUCACUUCACCAAGAAGAAGAUAAACAUCCAAAGCGCCCCCUUCUGUCGGCGGCUGGUGUUGCAGCCACUUGUCGUUACAUUAGAGACAAUCUUAACCAUUGGGAGAAAAUGACUGUGACCGAAGAUUCAGUGCAGGACCAGGCAGUGGGACCUGUUCUGGACCAAUCUCCUCCUAAAUGCUCCAGAGCUCCUGAGCUGGAAGACAGAGUGAUGGAGCUGGAGAGACUGCUCUAUGAGGCAAACAGAGAAUGUAAGCAGCAGAGGCUGUCUCACAUCAUUCUGCAAGCACAGAACAACAAGAUGAAGAAGAUAUUCCAACAGAAGGAGAUGCUUCUGGAGGCAUCUCUGGCUGAUGCCCAGCAGAAGCACCAGAAGGCUCAGGAGACCAUCUUUCAGCUGGAGGAAGAGAAGUCAGAGCUGACAAAGCUGGUGAACACUCAGUUUUCCAGAGAGCUGGAGCAGGGAGAAGAGCUCUGUCACUCUCGCCUUGAGAUUGAUGAGCUACAGAACGAGCAUGAGCAAAAGCAAGAGGCUUACAGCACCCUGCUGUUGGAAUAUGAAAAGAUGAAGAAGGAGUUGACACACACAAAGGAACUGCUGAAGGCGUCUCUGGCUGAUCCUGAGCUGAAGAACCAGAAGGCUCUGGAGUCCAUCAGUCAGCUGGAGGAAGAGAAAUCAGAGCUGAUGAACCUGGUGGCCACACUGCGUUCCACAGUGCAGGAGCAGGGAGAAGAGCUCUGUAACUGUCACCUUCAGAUUGAUAAGCUACAGGACUUAUGUGGUCAAAGCCAGAAUACCACCAGUGUCCUGCUGUUGAAAUAUGAAAAGAUGAAGAAGGAGUUGACACAAACAACAGAAGUGCUGAAGGCGUCUCUGGCUGAUGCUGAGCUGAAGAACCAGAAGGCUCUGGAGUCCAUCAUUCAGCUGGAGGAAGAGAAAUCAGAGCUGACGAACCUGGUGGCCACACUGCGUUCCACAGUGCAGGAGCUGGGAGAAGAGCUCUUUAACUGCCACUCUGAUAUUGAUGAGCUACAGAUAAAGGCCAACAAUGCCCUGCUGUUAGAAAAUGAAGAGAUAAAGAAGGAGCUGAAACACAAAGAAGAAGUGCUGAAGGCGUCUCUGGCUGAUGCUGAGCUGAAGAACCAGAAGGCUCUGGAGUCCAUCAGUCAGCUGGAGGAAGAGAAAUCAGAGCUGACGAACCUGGUGGCUACACUGCGUUCCACAGUGCAGGAGCUGGGAGAAGAGCUCUGUAACUGUCACCUUCAGAUUGAUGAGCUACAGAUAGAGCAUGAGCAAAAGCAGGAGGCCCACAAUGCUCUGCUGUUGGAAAAGGAAGAGAUGGUGAUGGAGCUGACACGCAAAGAGGAAGUGCUGAAGGCGUCUCUGGCUGAUGCUGAGCUGAAGAACCAGAAGGCUCUGGAGUCCAUCAGUCAGCUGGAGGAAGAGAAAUCAGAGCUGAAGAAAAGGGUGAACAAACUGCGUUCCACAGUGCAGGAGCUGGGAGAAGAGCUCUGUAACUGUCACUCUGAUAUUGAUGAACUACAGAUAGAGAAUGAGCAAAAGCAAGAGGCUCACAGCACCCUGCUGUUGGAAUAUGAAGUGAUGAAGAAGGAGUUGACACACACAACGGAACUGCUGAAGGCGUCUCUGGCUGAUGCUGAGCUGAAGAACCAGAAGGCUCUGGAGUCCAUCAGUCAGCUGGAGGAAGAGAAAUCAGAGCUGAUGAAAAGGGUGAACAAACUGCGUUCCACAGUGCAGGAGCUGGGAGAAGAGCUCUGUAACUGUCACCUUCAGAUUGAUGAGCUACAGGACGAGAAUGAGCAAAAGCAAGAGGCUCACAGCACCCUGCUGUUGGAAUAUGAAGAGAUGAAGAAGGAGUUGACAAACACAAAGGAAGUGCUGAAGGCGUCUCUGGCUGAUGCUGAGCUGAAGAACCAGAAGGCUCUGGAGUCCAUCAGUCAGCUGGAGGAAGAGAAAUCAGAGCUGAAGAAAAGGGUGAACAAACUGCGUUCCACAGUGCAGGAGCUGGGAGAAGAGCUCUGUAACUGUCACUCUGAUAUUGAUGAACUACAGAUAGAGAAUGAGCAAAAGCAAGAGGCUCACAGCACCCUGCUGUUGCAAUAUGAAGUGAUGAAGAAGGAGUUGACACACACAACGGAACUGCUGAAGGCGUCUCUGGCUGAUGCUGAGCUGAAGAACCAGAAGGCUCUGGAGUCCAUCAGUCAGCUGGAGGAAGAGAAAUCAGAGCUGAUGAAAAGGGUGAACAAACUGCGUUCCACAGUGCAGGAGCUGGGAGAAGAGCUCUGUAACUGUCACCUUCAGAUUGAUGAGCUACAGGACGAGAAUGAGCAAAAGCAAGAGGCUCACAGCACCCUGCUGUUGGAAUAUGAAGAGAUGAAGAAGGAGUUGACAAACACAAAGGAAGUGCUGAAGGCGUCUCUGGCUGAUGCUGAGCUGAAGAACCAGAAGGCUCUGGAGUCCAUCAGUCAGCUGGAGGAAGAGAAAUCAGAGCUGACGAAAAGGGUGAACAAACUGCGUUCCACAGUGCAGGAGCUGGGAGAAGAGCUCUGUAACUGUCACCUUCAGAUUGAUGAGCUACAGGACGAGCAGGAGCAAAAUCAGGAGGCCCACAGUGCUCUGCUGUUGGAAUAUGAAGAGAUGAAGAAGGAGUUGACACACACAAUGGAAGUGCUGAAAGCGUCUCUGGCUGAUGCUGAGCUGAAGAACCAGAAGGCUCUGGAGUCCAUCAUUCAGCUGGAGGAAGAGAAAUCAGAGCUGACCAAAAGGGUGAACAAACUGCGUUCCACAGUGCAGGAGCUGGGAGAAGAGCUCUGUAACUGUCACCUUCAGACUGAUGAGCUACAGGACGAGCAUGAGCAAAACCAGGAGGCCCACCGCACCCUGCUGUUAGAAAAUGAAAAGCUAAAGAAGGAGCUGACAGACACAAAGGAAGUGCUGAAGGCGUCUCUGGCUGAUGCUGAGCUGAAGAACCAGAAGGAUCUGGAGUCCAUCAGUCAGCUGGAGGAAGAGAAAUCAGAGCUGACCAAAAGGGUGAACAAACUGCGUUCCACAGUGCAGGAGCUGGGAGAAGAGCUCUGUAACUGUCACCUUCAGAUUGAUGAGCUACAGAUAGAGUCUGAGCAGCAGCAACAAGCUCAUGCCACCCUCCUGUCAGUGUGUUAACAGAUGAAGAGGACCACUGAACUGUAUGAAAAGGAGUUUGAGGAACAGCAAUAGACUUACACCACUGUCAAAGUCUAAGCAGAUGAAAAAGAGAAGCUAAC